CGGGGAGCUGUCUAGGUCAACUAUAUGUUUACUAUGCAUUGUAGACUUCAUCUUUCCAGGAAUUCUUCUGUUAUAUCUGCCUUCACAACACUAUAGGGGAGGCAUGGCCACCCACAGGUGGAGGGUUACUAUGGCCUCUAACUCGGGAGCCCAAAAAACUCAAGUACAAGAGCCUCCAGCGCCUCCAGCGCCAGCAUCAGCACCUGAAACAGCACAAGCGACGACACCCACAACGGAAGCCACCAACUCGACAAUACCAGCGCAAGCAACAAGCUCGACGAAUACAUCCUCAACGCCCUCAACAGCUCCUACUGGGACACAACCACCUGUACAACCAGCACCAGCAUCAACCCCACGUCCGAUACGACCGGCGCGAAGAUUGCGGCCAGGGCAGAAGCUGAAAUUUCCUCUGGAGUAUGUCCCUGCGUAUACCGGGCCCCAAAAUAAGACUGUUAGUCGUAAAUCUCCUGUCAAUGGACAAUCCGGGAACCAGAAUCAGCGCAAUGGCUUCAAUUCCACAGCCACCACGGCCUCGACGUCGAAGCACUAUGCUUCUCGAGUAGCGAAGGAGGAAGAUGAGAGACGAAAGUUUUACUACAACAUUUUAGGGGACAUGGAUCCUUAUAAGAGUUCGCCCAAGGAGUUCAUUCAUCUCCUGGUAAAAGCUGCGAUGCGCGAUGAGGAGAUAUCCAAAGCUAUCCGCCGAUUGAACGAGGAGAGGAUACAAAAUCCAAGUUCCUGGACGCCCGUGAGGCCACAGGAUCCGAGUUUACUGGCACCACAACCUGGUCCACUACAGAAUCAUCCAUAUGGGACACACAACCAACAAAAUCAACAGCCGAACCAGCAACUCAUGCCUGGUAUGGCGCCUGGAUAUGGACCGCAACAACCGCCAAUACCACAGCAAGCACCACACACAGUCGUAUAUUACGUUUAUCCCCCGACAACCGCAGGUCAGCCUCAUCAGGUUAUACCGGGCCCAAUGUAUGGUUCACCGGCACCAAACAUGUAUCCUCCUUAUCCUCCACCUCAACUAUCACCUGGGAUGGGGAUUCCCCCGCAACCUGCGCAACCUCCCCAUCCUCAUGCCACAGGCACGUGCCAGGGCCAGUCCGGAUUUCCAGUUCAGCCAAACCCAAGUGUAACACCUGCCAUGUCCCAUAUACAGCAAGCCCCUUAUAUACCCGUUCCCCCACAACCUACCCCCCGACAACAUUCUACCCAACAAUGCACUGCAUCUGGAGAAGACGGUACAUGCAGGAACGCCAGUACAGCUCGUCAUUCAAAAUCAAGCGACAACACACCUACGAAUAACGUUGCCGAUUCAGAUAGCAAUACAAAUUCGUACCAUACUGCCAUUCAAAUCGAUGAUGCUGACGAGGAUGAGGAUGACGGAAUUAUUAAUAAUGACGAUGGCAAUGCGAGUGAUGGGGCUGACAUCGACCCUGAUGACAUGGAUUUAGAUCAAGGUCCGGGACGUAAGGAACAAUCUUGUAAUUUCACGUGGGUUGUAGAUCGAGCCGAGACCCAAUUAGGAUGGACUGGCCAAUAUGAGAAAGAAUCUGAAAUAAGGCAAGAUACCAUAGGACAGUCUACGGCCAUUAAGCUUCAAAAACACCUUAAGAGGAUGAACGCCAUGAUCGACAAGAACGUCACUUUUCGCAACCGAGCACAUAUUUUAACGGUAAUGCGCGAGGUGAUCAUGGCAACUCUAGAUACGGACUCUCGCGUCGGCAUUGCCUGCCGACAGAAUGCCAAAGAGUACGACGAUACGUUCGUGGAGGCCGUGGGGAAGUUAUCGCCGAAACACAAGCAGGGAUUGAAAUCCUUGGAGGGAGGUAAAUGGAUGGAGGAGAUGCAAAUGCUUGUCGAGGAGGCUAAUCGACAAUCCAUGUUUCCCCGCCUCGCGGAAGUGACUGCUCUGCUGGAUAUCUAGGGCUGCUAGGUAGUUGAAAGUAGAUGGAUUCGGGUUGGGACAUUGUUAAGUUUACGCGAGAUACCCAUUUGCUUGAUGUCUUUGGUUUCUGGAACGGCGCUACGGUAAGGCGUAAGAUGACGGGAUCUGGACAUGGCAAUGGAUUACUAGAGAAACCGCUAUGUUACCUACUUGUUGGCCCAUGGGCGGCGAUGAUUUCCAAAUAGUAUAUGCAUUUAUAAACGAUG